AAGAGGGAGGAUGAAUCGGGGCCGACGCAAGCGGCGAGUAACGGGAAAGGAGAAACGGCGGUCGCAGGAGGCUGAGUAGCGGUGUGGUUGUGUUGUCGGCGUCGUCGCGAGUCGGGUCGCUGUCUCUUCGUACCCCGUCACUUUUGCUGCACGGCAUGCGGUAACGCGCGCGCUGUCGAGAGCCACGCCGUUCCAGGUGCAAGCGCGGAGGCUGAGCCGGACUAGCAUCACGCAGCGGCCCUCACAUGGGACAGGCGAGCCGAUGGUUUCCUCCGCGCACGGUCGUCUGCUAUCGCUCCGUGCCUGGGCGCCGGACGGAGAGGACGAUGUCCCGCCCUGCACCGUCGUCGCCGUCGAGCAUCUGCCGCCACCUCCGGCCGGAGAGAAGUCGGCCGCUGUCUUGAGCUGCGAUCGGAACUGGCUGCUUAAAGCGUUGACCACGAUUGCUGUGCUCGGGGGACUCGUCCUCACCCUGCUCUGGGGCAAGUUGUACGUUCGCGAAUGCCUCGUCUGGCUGGACAGCCAAGACAGCGAGACGGUGUGCCUCGUUUUCGUGCUCAUGUACACCUUGGUGGCCUUCCCGCUUACCUGGGGCUACAUCCUGCUCAAUUUCGCGUGCGGCUACCACUUCGGUCUCGUCCUGGGCGUCGCGGUCACGGCCGCUGCCGCGUCUGUCGGCAUCUCGGUGGCCCACACGGUUAUGAAGCGCUUCUUCCUGGGCUUCAUCAUGGCCCGGCUGCUGUCCAGCGAAGUCGUCCGAUCCACCCUGGCGUUACUUGACACCGGCCACGCCUUCAAGGUGGUCAUCAUCUCCAGGCUCACGCCCAUCCCUUUCGGCCUGCAGAACGCGAUGUUCGCGGUGAGUUUCUCCGCAUGUGUACGCGCAGCCUAG